UGCACACACGCGGGGAGAGACGAGAGAGAGAGAGAGAGAGCACUACUCAGAUAGUUUCCUCUCAUAUCAGCAUAACAGAGUUAAGAUGAAGUGUGCAUGUAUGUACAACAUGCUGCCUUUUGCAGCUGUUUUCAUCCUGACUUUUUCAUUAAGCUCUGGGACUCCGCCGAUGUACAGUUUAUUCCAAGGUGCCCCGUACUCCAGCUCGAUCCAGAAACAACGUAGCAAAAACUGGUGUGCCUUUGUAGUGCACAAGAACGUGACGUGCGCUGUGCUGGCAGUGACUGAAACUGUGGAAUCCGACAAUGCACCCUGUCCUGAACAUCAGCCCCAUUGUGCUCAAACUGGAAUAUACCGCGUUCACAGAAGACCAACAUACAAGGUGGGCUACAAGCAGGUGACUGAGCUGGAGUGGAGGUGUUGUCCAGGCUACCGUGGUUAUGACUGCAUGGAUCCUCAAUCACCUUUAAGGGUUCUCCCGAACCCACAACCAAGUCUGCCACCUGUCCACCCGACACAAGAGAAGGUCAUCGGAGGACAAACCAGUGGUCAACAUGAUAGUCGUCGAGUUCGAGAGUUAGAACAGCAAGUACAGAAUCUUUCUCAAACAGUUCUUGACAUGCAGGCUGCAAUUACUACUGCCAAUGCUAAAUUGCGGCUAGAUCUGCAAGAAGACGCAAGCAAGAUAAUCCUGAAUCUACUUGGCCAUGUUCAACAACCACAGCAUGCACUGAGUGGAGGAACUGAGAGCUUUGUUCUGCCACCAGAACUGACAAUUUCUCCGGGUACUGUUGAACUUCAGAAUCAGGUUACCCAUCUUUCCAACACAAUCAAUAGCAACAGCAACACCAUCCAAGGCAUGGAGUCUAAGCUCCACGAGAUUGAAAUCCAGGUGAACCGGCUAAAUGAGGUCUCCAGUGGUGCCGCAGUUCCACUCCCUUCCUCUACAUUGGCCACUGAGUGCCCAUGCCAGGCAUACAUUGAUGAAAAACUUCAAGCUCUCCGUGAGGAGCUUCUGGAAGGAAUGGACAUUAAGAUGGCUGAUUUGAAGAAUUCUUGUGACUACAAAGUGGAGUCAGUCAAAGUGCAGUGUGAGGAACAAGAGGCCUCCUACCUAAGUCUAACUGAACUCCUGGAAUCCAAAGAAGCUGACUUGCGUCAGGAAAUCCAGGACCUGAGGCACCUUGUUUCAAACAGCACAUAUAAACAACUGGAGGUUGCAGAGUUUCAAGUUGAGCUCCAGAGCCUAAAAAAAGUGCAUCAAAGCUUGGCAAGUGCUGUAAAUGCAACAAAUAAGGAACAGAAGGCUUUAGAGGAGGUGCUGAGCACAAGCUUUAGCCUAGCAGAACAGAUUGCAGAAAAGCAGUGCCUUGAACUUGAGGAAAAGCUAAGACGUGAUUGGGCAAAGGAACAGGAGGCACAGAAUAAAACUCUGGAGAGCAAGAUCAGUUCAGCUCUGCAGGUCUUUGCAGACAUGCAGUUGCACACCAUACCAACAGAUAGCCAAAAUAUAUUAGAAAUGGGAAAACAGACGCAGAGCCUGAAGGGUGAGGUGCAUACCCUCGUGCAUCAGGUUACACAGUUGGAGAGUUUAAUACGAAUUCUCAAUGAGUCCAUAAGCCGUCAAAGUCAUAUGAAUGGUCUUAACAACAAACUAGAUGAACUGGAGGAAGCUUGUGGAAGGAACCAAGAAUCGGCCAACAAAGUAGAAGAGAUGUUGUCUGGAAUGGACGAACGAGUGGCUAAUGUGGAAAGGGUUUGUGGCAGACUGGAGCCAAUGUCAGACAGUCUUACGAGAAUUAAAGAUGGACUCAACAAACAUGUCAGCGGCCUCUGGAACUGUGUAAAAAAGCUCAACAGCACUGUCCUAACUCACUCUGCAGACAUCAUCAUAUUGAGAGAAAAUUCACAGGCCACAGUGGGCAAGCAGCAGGGAGCCGCCAAGACGCCCCAAUAUACAGGUGCUCUUUCUGGUAUGGAGAACUCUAAUAUUCUCACAAAGAAAGCUGUUCCAGUUUUAGAGUCUGGAGAAGCAGGGCCACCUGGAACCAAGCCUUCAACAGGUCUCCCUCAGGGCAGUGCUGGCAGUAAGACACCUGUUAAGGGCUAUGAUUCAGCUUCAGGCCUUCCUCCAUCACCCCCAAUCUCUGUUACAGCUCAUAUUCUUUCAGGUCCUACGAGCCUAAGUCUUCCUGUGUCCUUUUCGGCUGGUCUGACCCUGUUCCCAUUUUCUGAAGAAAUCGGCAUCAUCCGCUUCAACAGAGUGCUGCUGAACGAUGGAGGCCAUUAUGACCAAAAUACAGGUGUGUUCACUGUUCCCAUUGACGGCCGGUACUUGUUAACUGUUGUAAUAAUGGCCCAAAAAGCAGCACGAGUGGAGGCAGUCUUGUCAGUGGCAAAUCGGAGCAUCCAGAAGCUCGACACUGCUGGAGCCGAGGGUUCGGCUUCUACAGGGUGUCUCUGUGGAGGCUCUGCCUCUGCCAGCCUCAUCCUUGAUCUUACAAAAGGUCAGAGGGUAGGGGUUGUUAAGACAUCAGGAACUCUGGCAAUUUCAGCGUCCACUGAGGUUCUUUCAACAUUUAGUGGCGUCCUGCUUUAUCCCCUGUCGGCUAAAAGAUAACACAAAGCAAAGAGCAUGCAUCAUAUGAGUCAGACUUCAUUCUUGGAGUACUGUACCAGGGAACAAUGCCAAGUAGUGCUGCCAACAACACUGCAUGAAUGUAGUCAUGAGAUUUUAGGGGGAAAAUGAAAGUGGUGUAAUAAGCACAAAGCAAGACUUUACAGAAUUGGAAUAUUUUGUCCUCCUAUGGGGUUUUGUUUUUGGGAUUCCAAGUAAUUUGUUUCUUCACCAAGUGUAUUGAUGUUAAAUUUGUUGUUGUUGUUUAAAUAAAUACCACUAAAUUCUUAAAAUAUAUCUUUGUUCCAUGAAGGAGCAAUGUUUGAACAUGGUUGAAAGAAGCUUAAAUGAAAGUAGUUAAAAAUUUUUUUUGUUUUUUUGCAAUGAU